CGGGUCUCCGGUCUUUUCAGCGCUGUCUGCGUGGUUUAGCGGCGUUAGCUUGCGGGGUACAUCUUUUACCUUUUACUCCACUCUCGGACGGGCUUGGACUAACACCUAGGAGCAUGUCGUACCACGAAGAGGAAGAAUACGAUCCUUACUCCUACUCGACUGACUAUGAUUUGCACACCGGCGACCCCAAAGCAGACCUGGCCUUCGAGAGGCAGUACGAGCAGCAGACCUACCACGUCAUUCCAGAGGUGAUCAAGAACUUUCUGCAGUACUUUCACAAAACCGUCUCUGACCUGAUUGACCAGAAGGUCUACGAGCUGCAGUCCAACCGCGUUUCCAGCGAGAGCAUCGAGCAGAAGGUCUACGAGAUCCAGGACGUUUACGAGAACAGCUGGAACAAAUUAACCGAACGUUUCUUCAAGACGUCCCCCUGGCCUGAGGCUGAAGCCAUCGCAUCGCUUAUUGGAACAGAUGCUGUGUUUCUCAUCCUCUAUAAGGAACUUUAUUACAGACACAUCUACGCUAAAGUCAGCGGAGGACCCACUUUAGAACAAAGAUUUGAGUCGUAUUACAAUUACUGCAACCUCUUCAAUUACAUCCUCAAUGCUGAUGGCCCAGCCCCCUUGGAACUGCCAAACCAGUGGCUCUGGGAUAUUAUUGAUGAGUUCAUCUAUCAGUUCCAGUCCUUCAGUCAGUACCGCUGCAAGACGGCCAAAAAGUCUGAGGAGGAAAUCGAGUUCCUGAGGAACAACCCGAAGAUCUGGAACGUCCACAGUGUCCUCAACGUUCUCCACUCCCUCGUGGACAAGAGCAACAUCAACCGUCAGCUCGAGGUCUACACCAGUGGAGGAGACCCAGAAAGUGUGGCUGGAGAAUAUGGCCGCCACUCCUUGUACAAGAUGUUGGGUUACUUCAGCUUGGUGGGACUCCUGAGGCUUCACUCUCUGCUCGGUGAUUAUUACCAGGCCAUCAAAGUCCUGGAGAACAUCGAGCUCAACAAGAAGAGCAUGUACUCACGAGUUCCCGAGUGCCAGAUCACCACCUACUACUACGUGGGCUUCGCCUACCUGAUGAUGCGCCGCUACCAGGACGCCAUUCGAGUGUUCGCCAACAUCCUGCUGUACAUCCAGAGGACCAGAAACAUGUUCCAGAGGUCGACGUAUAAAUAUGAGAUGAUCAACAAACAGAACGAGCAGAUGCACGGCCUUCUGGCCAUCGCGCUCACCAUGUACCCGAUGCGCAUCGAUGAAAGCAUCCACACCCAGCUGAGGGAGAAGUACGGAGACAAGAUGCUCCGCAUGCAGAAAGGAGACCUGCAGGUGUUCGAGGAGUUGUUCAGCUUCGCCUGUCCCAAGUUCCUGUCCCCCGUGGUGCCGAACUACGACAACGUCCACCCGGACUACCACAGGGAACCGUUCCGGCAGCAGAUGAAGGUGUUCGCUGAGGAGGUGCAGCAGCAGGCUCAGCUCUCCACCAUUCGCAGCUUCCUGAAGCUGUACACCACCAUGCCCGUAGCCAAGCUGGCGGGGUUCCUGGACCUGACGGAGCAGGAGUUCCGUAUCCAGCUGCUGGUCUUCAAGCACAAGAUGAAGAACUUGGUGUGGACCAGCGGCAUCUCGGCGCUGGACGGAGAGUUCCAGUCUGCUUCUGAGGUCGACUUUUACAUCGACAAG